GCUAACGCGUCAUCAAAUUCUGUCCAAUCACUGACUUUGGAGGUUUUCUUGAGCAGCAACAGGAAACAGAAACAACUCACUCCGCGGUUAAAGUUUUUGAUUCGUAAUUUAGCGUUUUGUAAAAACUAUGUUCGUUGCUCGCUAGUUUUUAGGUAGGCGUUCAUAAAUUCGUAAGAUUGAGUGUUCGUGUUAGUUUGUUUUGUACGUGUUUGAAGCUAUAAGUACGCUAAAUCUCGAUAGGUUCUAAUAUACGCCAUCUACUUCCAAAGUAAAAACAGUCAACGUUAGCCCACAUGAGUUAAAGUACAUUCCCAAGAUGGAGAUCACUCCUAAAGCAGAGAAAAUAAAAUCAGUGUAUUCUUCACCUUGUGAUUCAGUGGAGUCAAGCCCGGGUGCAUAUAAAGAGGAAAAGCAUCUACAAAAGCUGAGCUCCUCUCUGAAGGAGAGGCUGAAGAGAUCAAGGCGUUCCUUCACCUCGCCCUUCUCUGUAGCCAAACGCCUUUGUGUUGAUGAGGAGGAGGAUGAUGGCCGACAAGUUUCAGCAGAUUCCAGGGAGACAGUUAAUAACUCUCCACUGAUCGUACCCAAUGUUGACGUAAACAGAAAAAAUGAGAGAUCAGCGAGGGAGAGGUUUUCUGGACCCAAUCCCGAGCCAACACAUUUUCUUUCCAAAGAAAUGGCACAACAACCAUACCAACUGAGGAAGGAGGUUAAAGAGAAGACGGAGACUCUGCGCAGACUCAAGAUGGUUCACAUGUACAGGAGCAAGAAUGAUCUAACGCAGCUCAAAACCUUGAUUGCCAAGUGGAGGAGUUGUGCUCAGGCCGCACUGUAUGAGCUCCAGACAGAUGGCACCCAAGACAAACAAAAAAUCAGCCUGUCGAGCCUCAUUGACCACUUCGGCCUGGAAGACGGUAUCCUGCACUUUGACCGCAUAGAGGAGGACUUCACUACCUAAACAAAAGAGCUUUAAAACCGUUCAGAUUUCAAAUAUGUUUAUUAAGUUCAUUGUUUCAUUUGUUGCUGCUGUUCUAUUGUUAUACGCAGCUUAAGUUGUACAUUUCAUGUUAAGUUAAGUUGCUAAGAG